AAAAAAAAAAAAAAAAGUCCGCAAUCAGAUAAGGCGCAAAACAACCUUCAUUUCAUCACUAAACUUCUUCUUCUUCGAACCAGAAAGCUUCCAUUUUUGGCACAAAAAAAUGCUCUCUCUAACCUCAAACACUCUGAAGCCAUUCUCUUCAUUCCACCCCAGCUUCCUCCUCCUCUCCAAGCCCUCUCUCAAACCCAUCUCCGCCACCUUCUCCAACCCAUUUCCGCCGCCUUCUCAGCAGCAGCUCUACCAGCCCUUCCGGCCACCGCCGUCUCCUCUCCCCAACCAGUUCCGGUCACUCGACGUCAAAUCCCGCCUCGAAGUCCUCGCCGACCGCCUCGGCCUCUGGUUCGAGUACGCCCCACUCAUCCCCUCCCUCAUCCAGGAAGGCUUCACCCCUCCCUCCCUCGAGGAAGCCACCGGCAUCUCCGGCAUCGAGCAGAACCACCUCGUCGUCGCGGCCCAGGUCCGCGACUCCCUCAUCCAGUCCAACACUGACCCCGCCGUCGUCUCCGCCUUCGACCUCGGCGGCGCCGAGCUCCUCUACGAAAUCCGCCUCCUUAACGCCCAGCAGCGAUCGGCCGCCGCCUCCUACAUCGCCGCCAAUGGCCUCGACGCCCGAGGAGUCCAGGAUCUCGCCCGCUCCGUGAGGGAUUUCCCCCGUCGCAGAGGCGAUAAGGGAUGGGAAAGCUUCGAUUAUACUCAACCAGGUGAUUGUCUCGCGUUUAUGUAUUUUAGACAGAGUAGAGAACAUAAGAAACCUUCGGAGCAGAGAACGGCUGCUUUGGAACAGGCUUUGAGUGCUGCCGUGACUGAGAGAGCGAAAGGUAGAGUCUUGGAGGAGUUGAAUGCAGAGGGUGAGGGUGAAAUCACGGGUGAAGGGGAAAUUGGGGAGGAAGUUAGGGUUCCGGUGGUGAGGUUGAAGAUUGGGGAGGUGGCGGAGGCGAGCACGGUGGCGGUUCUGCCGGUUUGUAAGGCGGGGGAGAGGGACAAGGGGUUGGAGGAGGCGCCGAGGGAAUGCUGGACCGAGGGGGAGUUCGGGGUGGUGGUGGCGGAGAAGGGGUGGGCCAGGUGGGUGGUGCUGCCAGCGUGGGAACCCGUGGCGGGGUUGGGGAAAGGCGGAGUGGUGGUUUCGUUUAGUGAUGCGAGGGUGUUGCCGUGGAGGACUAAUAGGUGGUACAAGGAGGAGGCGAUAUUGGUGGUGGCGGAUAGGGACAGGAAGGAAGUGAGUGUGGAUAACGGCUUUUACUUGGUGGGCGGUGAUGGCGGCGAUUUGAAGGUUGAGAGGGGAUCGGCUUUGAAGGAAACUGGCGUGGAGGAGAGCUUGGGGACGGUGGUUUUGGUGGUCAGGCCGCCGAAGGAUGCGGUAGAUGAUCAGUUGAGUGAUGAGGAUUGGGAGUGAAAGAAAUCACGAUCAACUUGUUGGCAAUGGAAGAUUUUGUAGAAUUUUAAAGCAUGUUGGAAGGUCGAUGCUCAUUUAGAUUAGGUCCGUAUUUGUUUUGCAGUCAUAGCUGGCUAUUGAUUAGAUGUUAUACUUCCAAUUUUAAGCUAUGUAUGAGAAUUUUUGGCCUGUAACAAUUUAUUAAACUUGGAACACAUGUAAUGUUAUUUCUCUUCCAAUAAAAUAGAGAAUAAACACUCGCUUGAUUUUAAUUUAUGAAUCCCGAUCA